AUGCCAGGAGACAUCAUGACUCUAGUAUCGCCUCCAAACAGCACUUCUAUCGACAAACCAACCCCGAAUUUCUCUGCUGGUGAUGAAACUGCGUAUCCGACUCAAGUGAGUCCAUUGACCUCGCUUUUCCCUCUGGAAGCCGCGGACACAUGGCGGCAUCAGCAGUCGAGUCUUCUACCCGGUCCAUGGGACUACCAGAUAGAUAACCGAGAUUUGGAGGCUUUGCUUACAGGAGAUGACUUUGAUCUCGAUGCUGUGAAUCUCUCAUUGUUAUAUGCGACUUCAGACCAUGUGCCCACGACAGACACGAUGCCCGACUUAGAUGAUAUUCGACCUUUGCAGCUAGAGUUUCACAUUGACACGAACUCUACUGAGAGACAUGCUAGUGUGGUUCAGAAAAAAUGGCACACUUUUUCCGAAAUUCCCCUUUCCGGUCAAAUAACUCCUGUUGUACAGUCUGAGAACAACCUCAUUGACGACUCAUAUCGAAAACGACUAGCAGAACGGCUCCAACAAAGGGUACAACAUGGGAUUCUACCUUCCACUCCUUUUCUUGAUUUGUGUGUCCAAGCGUAUUUCUCCAAAUUUCACCCUCUAUUCCCAGUGGUGCAUAUGCCUACAUUCCGACCGGGUAUCCGGACUGCUGUUCUUCUUCUGUCCAUAUGCUCCGCGGGAAGUUUAUUAAUAGGCUCACCGCGCGCAGUGUCGCAUGGUAUUAGUAUGUUUGAGAGGCUCAACAAGGCUACCCUCUCUUCGUGGGACACAUACGUCACUAAGGCAGGAGGGUCCUCUCUGAUUGCUUUGCAAGCGUCUAUAAUAGGACAAACUUUUGGCCUUGUAAUGGGGCGGCCAAAAGACCUUGCUGGGAUUGAAAUGUUUCAUGGAACUGUAAUUGCGUGGGCACGAAAGGGGAAAUUCUUCAACCUGGAGCACCCAGAAUACAAUUUUUUCGACGCCGAUGGGCAGACAUUGGAAGAUACAUGGCUAUCCUGGGUUCAAAUAGAAGUCAAAAAGAGAAUAGUUAUGGGUUUACACAUUCAUGACGCCGAACUUGCGAAAAUUCAUCACCACGAACCUCUCCUCCGACACGGAAGCAACCGUCUCCCCCAUCUCUCCUCGAACGAGCUCUUCGCAGCCCCCAGCGCAGCUCAAUGGAAAGUUCUAAUGACUGAAGUUCAAAUUAAAGCUUCUUCUCUAGAAUAUGCCCCUCCAUCACCAUCAACUCAACCCUCAAUCUGCAACAACUUCCCCUCAUCGCCUAUACCGAGUGACUUUGCCCUAUGCGGAAUACUCCAAUCAAUCAGCGCCCUAGUUUGCGAAGAGCAAGGUCAUAGGCCCAAAUUCUGGUCAUCAAAAACAACCGAAAAUCAUGAUCUCCUCAAAUCCUGGUACCGCACAUACCAUUCCAACAUGGUUGGCAAACCAAGCUGGUUUUGUUUAAUGAUGCUCUGGCACUCCGUCUUCAUGAAUCUGCACUCGGAUUUCAAUGCUUUGGAAUGUGCAUUGGGACGAGAAGGCUACGACGUGGCACAGCGGUAUAUCCCCUACGCACGAAACUGGGUUCGUUCCACGGAUGCAAAGCGCUGUCUUUUACAUGCAAUGUUAAUCCAGAAAAACUUCGAGUCCCUCCCUGCGGGUGUGGAGCCCGCGAUCCACGUUCCUAUGUGUUUGUAUCACUGCGGGCUUGUAUGGGCAUGUUUUAUGUGUUUCGGUAAUAGCAACCAGGAUUCAGAGCCGAUCAAUAUCUCUGUGGCGGAUCAGCUACAGUUUUCAGAAUUGAAACUGCAUGGCGUUGAUGCUAUUGGGGCUUUCUUGGAACAGACUGGCAGGCUGCAGCCUGCGAAACUGGCAACCGGGUCCUUAUUUCGAGUUAUUGAUUUAUUACAGCGGAUCAGUCAUUGGAAGAUCUCGCAGAGUUUGGCGUCGACUCUUUUAGCGCUGGUUGAGGAGACACAGGAUUUUUUCUGA